AUGACAAAAGCUCGUCUUCCUCGCUCUCGCUCUCGCUCGCUCGCCCUCAUCUUUUCCUUUUUCGCCUUCGCUUGCGAAACUGCUCAGCUCCGUGAGGCUGGGAUCACGUCAUUGUGUACUACGAUGACCUUCUCCAACAAAUCGGACACGUCCACCACUUCGCCCCCCCCCCCCUCUCUCUGUCUCAAUCCAACGCGCGCACAGCUCGAAGAUCGUGGGCAGGCCUGUCCUCCGCCGUCGCCGUCGCCGCCGCAAUCCCCCAACCCAUCAGAAGCUCCAACCUCCUCCUCUCGCGCAACCCACCUGCCUCCCUCACUCUUCUCAUUCCUUCGCUCCCUCGCUCUCCAGAAACUGCACGCGGGGCCCGAUCAGACACCGGCCUCGCGCGCCGCCGAGAGAUUGGUGCGGGAGUGGUCGGUGCGGUUCACCUACCUCGCCGCCGCCGCCGCCGCGAUGUCCGGCUUCGGGAUUACGUUCGUGACCGUCAUGGCCGUCAUGGCUGUUUCUUACAGAUUCGCGUGGCAAAUGGAGGGAGGGCAGGUGCCUUUGUCUGAGAUGUUCGGUGCAUUCGCUCUCUCUGUGGGCGCCGCUGUGGUCAUGGUGUUCUGGGCAAGAUGGGCUCACAGAGCUCUCUGGCAUGCGUCUCCGUGGCCCAUGCACGAGCCUGACAAUCGGCCGAGAGGCGGCGAGCUCGACGACGUUUUCGCCAUAAUCAACGCCGUUCCCGCGAUCGCUCUUCUCUCCUACGGCUUCUUCCACAAGGGCCUCGUCGUUCCCGGACUCCGCUUCGGUGCUGGCCUCGGGAUCACGGUGUUCAGGAUGGCGUACACGUUCGUCCAUGAUGGUCUCGUCCACAGGAGAUUCCCCGUGGGCCCCAUCGCCUACUUCAGAAGAGUCGCUGCAGCCCACCAGGAUCCCAAGAUGAAAAAGGCUGCUCCACCCCCUUCGAACGGUCACAAAUGUGGCAGUCGCAAGCAAAAGGAAGAGAUGGCUAUUGGAGAAGGAAAGCAUCAGCGAGUCAAAUCAUUGGUUUUACUAGCCUUACUUGGAGGACGCAAUGUUGUUGCUUCAGCGAGUUCUACGCUAGUCUUUGAAAAUACUUGCUCGAUACCGAUAUUUCCAUCGCUGAUUCCCGCGGAUGGGUCGACAAAAAUUAACAAUAGCACCAGUCUUAGUGCAAUUGGUCCAAAUCAUGAACUGUCAGUCCCUUUGCCUGAUGGUUGGUCGGGCAUUGCCAUUUUCAGUACUGGAUGCAUUUCAGAUGGAUUGGGCACUCGCAAUUGCACCACUGGUAACUGCAAAGGAAGAGAUUGUACUGCAGAGGACAGUCCGGUUGCAACAGGUCUUGGCAUUUCUGGUGACAGUUAUACUAUGUCCACAGAUAUGGGGUAUAAUGUUGGACUUACAGUUAGUCCCAUGUGUGCUGGCUGUGACUGCCCGUCUGCAAGCUGCAAAGCGCAGUUGGAGAGCUGCCCGCAUGAUCUAAGGGUAUUCAACGAAGGAACUGUGGUUGCCUGCAAGCCAGGUAGCGGGCUACAUUUCUCUGAGCAUCAAUGCACUAUCCCAGGUGAUUACAGCACUUCCAAAGUGAGCAUUACAUGUUCAUUAAAGAACGUUGCUAUGAAGAUCGAAAUAACGUGCUAGUAUUUUUUAAACACACAAACAUACGUUGAACGACGUGUGAGAGACUGCAUUCUGGAAUUUUGUUGAUAGUAUUAUAAAGACGGCUUUGGAAUCUUGAGCUGCAACUGUGAUCUGCUGCAUACUUGAACUGCUUAUGAAGUUUUACAGAAAUACAGGAGACUUGAACACCA